UGCAGAACGUCCCUGGCCCGGAAUCUCUUUGCCGGGGAGCGCGGCGCGAGCCCGGGAGCCUGGUGAAGUUGGGGAGAGCGAGUCGGGAAGGGUGGUGGAGACCUGCAGCCGAUCUCCCACCUCCGCGGCCCCGAUCGUGCGGACCCAGGGAGAACGUCCCUGCUUGCGUCUAGGGGCGGACGGUGGACGCGCUGCGCACGGCCGCUCCAGGGCUGGUAGUUUUCCGACCGUCCCUGCCGAGGCCCGCUCGCCCGGCAGCCCUGCGGCUCCCGCGGCGGCGGCGGCGGCCCCCGGCUCCCCGCAGCCAGGUAGCCGCGCCUCGGGCUCUGGGGGCGCUGUGACCCCGCUCCCGGCUGAUCCCGGGACCCCCGUUCCCCGGAGCACGGGAGCCGGAGAGGGAGCCCGACUGCCGCCGAUGGUGCCGCUUCCCUGAUCGCAGGGCAUACUCAGUAUGUGGCUGAGGACAACCUUGAACUUCUGAUCCUUCUGCUUCCACAUCCUGAGCGGAGGAGUGACCCUUACCGGAACGUGGACUUGGAGGAGGGUCCGUUAGACCAUCGGAAUGGAAGCCGGGCGAGGAGGUCAGCUGACUCAGGAGCCGGAGUGAGAGCAGCGCACUCUCCGCCCCGGCCUGCACCAUGAACUUGCCUUCACCUUCUGUGUGCUGAGAGCCAAGGGAGGGGUACGUUGCCAGAGAGAGAUGGCUUUCUUUACUCCCUGGAAGUUGUCCUCUCAGAAGCUGGGCUUUUUCCUGGUGACUUUUGGCUUCAUAUGGGGGAUGAUGCUUCUGCACUUCACCAUCCAGCAGCGAACUCAGCCCGAGAGCAGCUCCAUGCUGCGGGAGCAGAUCCUCGACCUCAGCAAAAGGUACAUUAAGGCACUGGCAGAAGAAAACAGGAACGUGGUGGAUGGACCCUAUGCUGGUGUCAUGACAGCUUAUGAUCUGAAGAAAACGCUCGCGGUGUUGCUGGAUAACAUACUGCAGCGCAUCGGCAAGCUCGAAUCAAAGGUGGACAAUCUCGUCAAUGGCACAGGGGCGAAUUCCACCAACUCCACCACAGCUGUGCCCAGCUUGGUGUCCGUGGAGAAGAUCAAUGUGGCAGAUAUCAUUAAUGGAGUUCAAGAAAAAUGUGUAUUGCCUCCUAUGGAUGGCUACCCCCACUGCGAGGGAAAAAUCAAGUGGAUGAAAGACAUGUGGCGCUCGGAUCCCUGCUACGCAGACUAUGGGGUGGACGGGACCUCCUGCUCCUUCUUUAUUUACCUCAGUGAGGUUGAAAAUUGGUGUCCUCGUUUACCUUGGAGAGCAAAAAAUCCCUAUGAAGAAGCUGAUCAUAACUCAUUGGCGGAAAUCCGUACAGAUUUUAACAUUCUCUACAGCAUGAUGAAGAAACACGAGGAGUUCCGGUGGAUGAGGCUUCGGAUCCGGCGAAUGGCUGAUGCGUGGAUCCAAGCAAUCAAGUCACUGGCCGAGAAACAAAACCUCGAAAAGAGAAAACGGAAGAAAAUCCUUGUCCACCUGGGGCUCCUGACCAAGGAAUCUGGCUUCAAGAUUGCAGAGACAGCAUUCAGCGGCGGCCCUCUUGGUGAACUCGUUCAGUGGAGUGACUUGAUUACGUCGCUGUAUCUGCUGGGCCAUGACAUCCGGAUCUCAGCCUCACUGGCCGAGCUCAAGGAGAUUAUGAAGAAGGUUGUUGGAAACCGGUCUGGCUGUCCGACUGUAGGAGACAGAAUUGUUGAACUUAUUUAUAUCGAUAUUGUGGGACUUGCUCAGUUUAAGAAAACUCUGGGACCAUCUUGGGUUCAUUACCAGUGCAUGCUGCGAGUGCUAGACUCCUUUGGGACAGAACCUGAGUUCAAUCAUGCAAGUUACGCCCAGUCGAAAGGCCACAAGACCCCCUGGGGGAAAUGGAAUCUGAACCCACAGCAAUUUUACACCAUGUUCCCUCACACCCCGGACAACAGCUUUCUGGGCUUCGUGGUCGAGCAGCACCUCAACUCCAGCGACAUCCACCACAUUAACGAGAUCAAGAGGCAGAACCAGUCCCUUGUGUAUGGCAAAGUGGAUAGUUUCUGGAAGAACAAGAAACUCUACUUGAAUGUCAUUCACACAUACAUGGAGGUACACGCCACCGUUUACGGCUCCAGCACGAAGAACAUUCCCAGUUACGUGAAAAAUCACGGCAUUCUCAGUGGACGGGACCUGCAGUUUCUUCUCCGGGAAACCAAGCUCUUUGUUGGGCUCGGAUUCCCUUACGAAGGUCCAGCUCCCCUGGAGGCCAUUGCAAAUGGAUGUGCUUUCCUGAACCCCAAGUUCAACCCCCCCAAAAGCAGCAAAAACACUGACUUCUUCAUCGGCAAGCCAACACUGAGAGAGCUGACGUCCCAGCACCCUUACGCAGAAGUCUUCAUCGGCCGGCCGCACGUCUGGACCGUGGACCUCAACAAUCGAGAGGAAGUAGAGGACGCAGUAAAAGCCAUCUUAAACCAGAAGAUUGAGCCGUAUAUGCCGUACGAGUUCACGUGUGAAGGCAUGCUGCAGAGGAUCAACGCUUUCAUCGAGAAGCAGGACUUCUGCCAUGGCCAGGUGACGUGGCCCCCCCUGAGCGCCCUGCAGGUGAAGCUGGCAGAGCCCGGGCAGUCCUGCAAGCAGGUAUGCCAGGAGAGCCAGCUCAUCUGUGAGCCGUCUUUCUUUCAGCACCUCAACAAGGAAAAGGACUUGCUGAAGCAUAAGGUGACCUGCCAAAGCUCGGAACUGUACAAGGACAUCCUGGUGCCCUCCUUCUACCCCAAGAGCAAACACUGUGUGUUCCAAGGCGAUCUCCUGCUCUUCAGUUGUGCCGGGGCCCACCCCACCCACCAACGCAUCUGCCCCUGCCGGGACUUCAUCAAGGGCCAAGUGGCCCUCUGCCAAGACUGCCUAUAGCACAGCCACCGAAUCCACUCAGACGAAAGCGUGGCGGCUCCACCCGCCAGGGCCGGGGGCCGGAAGUCGUUCAGGGACUCUGAGCAGAGCCAGAACUGUUUGGUCCAGGGCUUGGAAUUGGCACUGCUCCAGCUGCAGCCAGUGCAUCCCAAGAGUUCACGCCAAAACCGCAAGAGAGCAGAGGUCAGACCGGGGCCUGGCUUCACCCUGGUGCACCGAAUGUCGUCUCUGUCCCGGAAGAGCAGCUGUAGGGAAUUGUCUAGGCAGCUGCGCCUGGGUUACUUUUUUUUUUUUUUAGAAAGGAUAAAAGUCUGGAGACUCAUUCAGCUGAAAACAAAACAAGAAGAAGAACUGAGUCGACUGGAAAGAACUUUGGGGACAUUCCUAAACCCAUUAAUUUAUUUAUUUGGGAGGGUAGGGUUGGGCUUGGAAGGGAGGAAAAGAGGUUGAACCCAGUUUCAACCUUUUCAUUUCAACCCAGUUUCCUUUUCAUUCCCACUGCUGUUAUUCUCCCACCUUCAGGGUCUGCUCAUUCUGCUGCCGUUAAGCAGGAUCCAGAGGGGCUGGCAGCGAGUUUGAGGGCAGCUGUGGGAGCCUGGCUACUGAUGACAGGUGGCAGCAGAGAAAAAAAAAAUGUCUUUAGGCAGAGGGCUGUAGCUCAGUUUGUACAGUGCUUAUUUAGCAAGACAGAGCCCUGGGUUCCGUCCCCAGCACUGGAUUACAUCAUGAGCACCUGAACAGGUAAGAAGUAGAGGCAGGGGUCAAACCUUCAAGGUCAUCCUUGCCCACAUAGCAAAGUCAAGGCCAGCUUAGGCUACAGAGACCCUGUCUUUAAAAAUAGAAAAAAAAAUUAUUUUUUAUUUAUUUUUUGCUUUGAAAACACAGCCAGCCACUGUCAAAGCAAUGUCACGGAGCUGAUGGGUCCUGCAUGUGCUUGGCAGAAGGCAGCUAAAAGGCAGACAACCUUGGUGGUGACAUGCCGGUGGUGUCCUGAGGACCCCACCAAGACAGGCUGCUGCUGAGAGGCUGCUUUCCAGGGUGCCCUUCCCACCCACCUACACAGCUUCGCCCUAGUUUCUGGUUAGAAUUCCUUUGUGGAAGAAACACGAGAUUGUGUGAUCCUUGUUCGCUGCUGUGGUGAACCCUCCCUGCCUCGCUGUAAGGAGGGAAGUAGGAACUGAAGACUCCCAAGACCUGCCCUUGAACUUGGAAGGGAGGUCGAAGUCUCAAGCCUAGAAACAGCUAAGAUUUGGAUAAGAACGACAGUCCUGGAGUCAGUAGCAGGAGGGGGAUUUGUGCUGUGUUCCCAGCUGGCGUCUGCUGUUGCUGAAGUCCCAGGCUCCUCUGUGAUCCUGGUGGUUUCUGGGGAGGUAGAGACGUUGAGGAUGAAUGCUAGGUGUUGUCCUGUCUGCUCUGUCAGUGGAUGUGGCCUGCAAAGGUGGGAGCCCGGGACUGGCUGCUAGUUGGAGACUGUUGCUGCAAGGAGUCUGCGGAGCCCUGUGGAGGGCCGGGCAGCCCACUGGCCUGGUCAGCCAUGCCCCACUUUUCAUAUGCUGGAGCCCCUCUGUGAGUCCCUCCCUGCUGAAGUGCUGCUUCUGGGCGCUGUGUGUUUGUGAGUUCAUAGAGACACCUCCCAUGCCCCUCUCUGUGCUGGUGAAUGACCUUCUACCUCUCGCUGUCAGCACUGUCCACCCCACCCCCAGCUGGUAGAGUAGACGUCCGGCAGCCUGGCAGCCUGGCGCCUCCCUGUGGCCGGGUGGAGCCUCUGGCUAGCUGAACAGCAGAGCGAGACCCAUGACUUGGCUGGGUCUCGCUCUGAAGCAACAGAAAGGAAGAUCUGCCUUGCGAUGACUAAGGAGUAGGGAGAUGGGGCAUGGAACUUUUCAGGUCUGGAAAAUCCAAUCUGCUUGUCUCCUGAUUUCGCCCUGGGUGCAUAUGCCACAUCAAUUACACCUCCAGCUUUUUUUUUUUCUUCAGCCCUGAGAUAGACAACGCAGGGGGCUGGGAUUCUACUCCUAGAGAAUGCAACAGGGUCCCACAAGACAUGGCUAGAAUCACCCCUGCCCGGGUUGGGCCACCAGGCAGGCAGAAGUUAAAAAGCCUAGCCAUGAAACAUGUUUAUUAAGCUUUGCUGCAGCGGUUUCCUGUGGCAGGAUGGGAGAAAACUAGCCCUUCUCCCUGAUACUGGGCCUCUUGGCUGCAUCCCAGCGUUGGAAUCAGCUUGACUUUCCAGAUUUGAAAGUCCCACAGACUGUGGGCAACAGUUCUGGCAUUCAGCCAGCAGGGGGCGCCCGGAGCAGGACCUGAUCCCCAUGCUGCAGAUAGCUGUAAGCAGGCACGGAGGCAGGGAAGCAGCUUCAUCCCUACUUACAGAAGCCGCCCAGCCCUGAGCCCAGGGCCUCCACAAUCAUAUUCCUCUUCUCCAGUUCAAGGCCCCGUGUGAGAAAGCCCAGGAGAGCUCUUUGUCCCCUGUCAUAAAUUCCUUUUCCUGUAUUAGCCAGAAGUAAGCCUCACUUCCUCUGCCUGCCCUUGGGGCUAACCAACUGUGGUCUAGUUAAGGGCCUUAAUAAGAGGUGGGGUGUCCCCGAAAUGCACACCACCUCCCAGGCCUCAGAGUUAGCAAGGUAAGGCCAGGUGGCCCUCCAGAGAUCCUGAUGGGUGUGGGCCUCUCCAUGGCAGCAAGCAGGAAUUCCCAGCGCUGGCGAUGCUCCCACAGCACCUGCAGAGCAUCAGCGAUCUUGCAGAACCCUAGGUCUGUGUGUAAGGGAAGAGAAAUGAGCAAUCAGGGCUUUGUUCUCCUGCGCUAUCAUCACGUCUGGACUGUGAUGUUAGGCUCUUAAGAGAGGGGAAGCGUUAUCUAAUUUAUUAAGAGAGAAAAUCCGUUUCUUCAGGAGGUGAAGGCUUUUUCAGAGCAGGAACUCCUGAGAGGGGCAGUGCCUCGCUGGAUCCCAGGCCCCCCGGCACAUCUCUGUGUGUACUCCCGUGCAGAUGGAAGAGCUGUAUGGAGUUUUGCUUCGAGUGUUUGGGGGUUUUGUUUUGUCUCUGAGAUGAAUCUUUGUUUUAGGUGUCUGUCGAGUGUUUGGAAAUACAUCUUCCUGACAUGUCUUUUCAUUUCUUUGGGGUUGGAUUGUGAAGGCUAGGUACUGUAGAAGGCUGACAGAGACGGCAGAUUGUUCGAGCCUGGAAUAACUACAUCUGUCCACACGCACAUGCCUAUUUAUGUUCCCCGUGUAUGUGCACACAAGACUGUACAUUGAGUGUGUGCGUAUGUGCGUGUGGAGUGUGCACAUGCACCCCCAGGACAGGGCUGAGGGCGUCAGGAAUCCUCCAGCUGGCAUCCUCAGGACCAGACCCUGUCUCUGAGUCUGAUGGUGACCAGAGUCGUGAAGGGCCGCAACCUGCAGUCACCCUGGCUGAAAUGUCGCUGAGGCAGAAAACCAGCCCUGAGGCCAGCUCUGUAGAAACAGUGGUCCCCAACUACUUCAGCUAGCUAGCAUGAUAGAGGCCAGAGACGCCUGCUUCCCUCCUCCUCCUCAGUGGCGGAGUGCGCGUGCGAAGCUGAGUUGGGUCGCAUUGGAACCAUGUCUUGUUCAUAGAUGAGUGUGUGCUCUUUAGCCCAGACCAGGGUGGUUUACCUAGAUUGUAUGUAAUUAGGCACCACCACCCUCUCCCAAAACUCUUGGCUGAAAAGGAAAAACCCAAGAGUUGUGUUAACGACAGGCUCCACUGUAUGUGUCAUGAUUCCAAGCCUGGACUGCUUUAUUUAUUUAAAACUAUUUUAGUUUCUCUACUGGCUCCUUAUUCUUAUCCCAUCUGUCCCUGUGUGGCUGCAGAGUGUGUCUUCGUUAGAGUAGACGGGUGGCAGGAAUAGAUUUAUAGUCAUUCAGGAAGCUAGCAGCUUGGAGCUGAGAAUGAGUUCCUUUCAUUCUUGUUGCCUUCAACAGAAAGUGAAAAGUCAAAGCUUUUGGUUAGGGUUUUGUUUUGUUUUGUUUUUUACCUAUAGCGAAAGACCAAAUUAGCUGUAUAGUCUUGGAUACAGACAAUAAGAAUUCUCUAGCUCUCUUAGCACUUAGGGUCCUGCGGGAAUUCGUGUUAGCACAGUGCCCGGCUCCUAGUGAGCCUGGUGAAUGUUCAAUAUUGACAUUAGUAGUAUAUCAUAAAACUUGAGAAAUAGAGCUGUGCUCACCCCUUAUUGUUGAUUCAAAGAUGAUGGUUACAUAAAAAUAUUGUUGAGUCGAUCAGAUGGUAUAGGAAUUGUUUCAAAUGUUUAAGCUCUGUGCCUACCCCACUCGCUGGAAUUCUAGUGUUUUCUUGAAUGCACUGAGUAAUUGGAAAAUAUGUCAGUCUUCAGCACUCCAUGAAACCAGACUGAAAGAAUUUAUUAACUGAAGUUGAACCCACCAAUAUGUUCUGGAAACAUUCCAGGAGGUUGUUUGGGGAACUUUCUUGAGCUCAAUUAAAAGUUCUCUCAGAAGUUGCA